AUGUCUCUCACCAACAAGACUAUUGACGUCUUCUCCCACGCGGAAGAUCAGCAGGUUCUAGUUCCACUCGAAUGUGGAUGUGGAAACAAUGGUCUAGAUGGUCUAGAUGGCCUCGAAUCCGGCACCCGAAUGGCCCCGGAGGAGACAGAUGAAUCUGACUACUACAACCCAAAGGGCAACCCAGCAAUAAAGUCCUGUCUCGAUAAGGAAACCAUUCUAGAUUUGCACUCUUCAUUGGUAGAGACGAAGGUGUGCCAGCUGUAAGUUUUUGCACUUGAGGGGAGAUUGCCUUGCCAAGGUACUGACUUUCUCGGUGGGGAUAUAGGUAAUGCGACUCGUGUGAUC